AUGAGGAUCACCUCAUGGAAUGUCAGGGGCUUAUCUGCCCCUGACAAAAGAUGCUUGGUCAAAAGGACUUUGGCCAAGUUGGAAGCAGAUAUUGUCAUUCUUCAAGAAACCAAGUUGAAUGAUGAGAAGGCUUUGGAGUUUAUGAAAUAUUGUUCAAGUUGGAAUGGAUACUUUCAGACUGCAAGGGGCUCGGCUGGUGGGUUGGGUAUUAUGUGGAAUCCUUCAAAUGUAUCUGUGGCUCCCAUCAUCUCCAAUGAGUUUUGGAUGGCAUGCUCUAUUAGUGGCAUUGGCACAAACCUGUGCUUUCCUCUGUUUAACAUCUAUGGGUUGACUAAAACCAUGGACAAAUUCAGAGUUUGGCAGGAGGUUACUAAUCAAGUUGCCCAAUUGGAGUUGGAUAAAGUCAUCAUCGUUGGCGAUUUCAAUGCCUUAUUGGACAUUGAUGAAAAGGAGGGUGGUUUAAGGAAAUCCACAAAAGGUAUGGAUGAUUUCAGAGAUUUUGUGUCGAACUGCAAACUUGUGGACAUCAUUCCCAAAAAUGGGAAAUUCACUUGGACUAACAGAAGGCUCAAUUUCUCAAAAUUCUCAGAAUGA